UGAUGAUGGCGGAUGUUGUUGAGAAAGACGCCAUGAAGAAUUACCACACAGCGUCCGAGAGAAUCAACCCCGGCACCGGCCGCUUCCCUUUCUGCGUCGUGUGGACGCCCAUCCCCGUGUUAUCAUGGUUGUUUCCAUUUAUUGGCCACAUGGGAAUCUGCACUUCAACUGGAGUCAUUCGAGACUUUGCCGGACCUUACUUUGUCUCAGAAGACAACAUGGGUUUUGGAAAACCAACAAAAUACUGGAUGCUUGACGUAAGCAAAGUCUACGCUAGUGGCUCCAACGCCUGGGACACAGCAGUGCAUGAUGCGUCGGAGGAGUAUAAGAACAGAAUGCACAACCUCUGCUGUGACAACUGUCACUCGCAUGUUGCCAUGGCUCUAAAUCUGAUGCGGUAUGAAAACAGUACCUCGUGGAACAUGGUCAAACUCUGUCUCCUCGCUCUGAUCCACGGAAAGCACGUCAGCUGUGCAGGCUUCCUGAAGACCUGGUUGCCUUUCCUGAUGCUGAUGGGCAUCAUCCUGACAGCGGCCCUGGCCAUCAACCUCCGCUGACCUGGGAGGCCGGUUACGUACACAGUGGAGCCUCCUGCAGGUUGUACGUGGGGGGAUGACCUUUUUAACACCAAGGAUGGGCAAGGGGCAUUACACAGUGUGGAGUGAACGCGACAGAGGACAUGAAGACUACUCACCUCUCAAGAGAAUGCUCAACAGUGUCCCAACAUGCGUACCCAUGCUCAGCCUGUGGAAAGCAGAAAGCUUGUUGCAUUUCUCCAGUGGUGAUACAGAAAUAGCCUGUUGACGGAAACCAUUUAUAUUCAGUUAUGUUGAGAGAAGUGACUGAAAACCCCCUCCCACCACCACCACCACCAGGACCAUACAAACACACUAAAUGGAUUACGAUUGCUGGAUUUUGAUUGUGAAAGACUGUGUACAGGUACAAGCCAUCACCACCUGCAACGUGUAGAAAAUGUCUCGCUGCAUUUAGAGCUGAACAUUGACUAAUUCUCUGAAGGAAUCACAUCUAUGCCUUGCUUUCAGAUGUUGAUGAUCUUGCUUUGUGAGGAAUAACUCAGUGCUUCCAGAAUGCCAUUUUUAUACCCGGGAGUACCAAUGUUAAAACAGUUACAUUCCUUUCAAGGGAAUUUAUUGCAUUACAUUCUUGGUCUCCCAUAGCUCUUCUGCAGUUCUACAGCAACUAACAUGUGCCAGAGCAGUUUGUACAUUUUCUUACUUGUAUUCAGACUAAGGCUAAAUCCAUACUACGAAGAUUUUGUUUGAAAAAUGCAUAAACUCCCCUGCUGAUAUGCCUGGCGUCCACAGUACUCCAAAGCAGCUGGGGGCCCAUUUUAGUUUGAUAACUUUGGGGCUGCGUUUUAGUCUGGACGGGCAGAAACACUCAUGUGGCCAGAGGUCAUGUUAGUUUGAAAAUGCCAUUUCCUAACAAAAUGUUGCAGUAUGGAUGUAGUCUAACUCCUUAAGAUAUUAGAAAGUUUGCAUCUUCUAAAAAGAAAUGUUUUUUAUAUGUGCAUUACAUGUAUCACCUCAUGGAACUAGAUUAAGUAGGUUUACGACUAACACUUUCAUACAGAUCAUCAGUGCAAUGAUUGUACCAACUCAGUGAAUGUGGCUGUGAGAAAAUUUCAAGCAGACUAGUAAAAGCUCCUUCGGUUUUCUAUACUUGUGCCAAAUGGAAGAGAACUGGAGACCAACUCAAACUGUGUCUUUGAAAAUGCUGCUUGUUAUUUAGUGAAACAGCUCAUGACGACUCUUAAGUUAGUGAAUGAAAAGCCUGUUGAUGUCCAAGUUAGGAAACCUGGUUGAAUCUACCUUUCAAGAGAUGUUUUGUUUCAUAUCAGAUCAUUUUGACUUCAUGUGACAAAGCAGUGCCUAAAAACAACCUUCCUCACAUACCCCAUAUUUGAGCUAUUUUCAAAAAGAAAACGCUAAGUCCACAUCAUGGUUGACGCACAAAUUCCGUUGCCAUGGAUUUCUUGAGUAGAUUCAAAUCCCUCAUUGUUUGCAAUCAAACAGGAAAAAAAAGUGUUGAGCCCUCUCUUUGUCCUCGGUGCUGCCAGAAGCAGCAGGUAGCCAGGAUCCUCAGGUUUUUCACACUCCCCGACCCCUGCUGGAUAUCCCCACUUUCUCCCGGCGACGGACCAGCGUCACUCCUGCUGUUUUCCACCUCUGCAGAUCAGAUUCGGAGGUCAUUGUGAAAUGUCAGCACUGUUUUCACGAAGCUUUGAUAAUAUACCUGCCAACAUCCUGCCGUAAUCCAGCACAGAGAGUGUGAGCCUUUAAUUAAAGUCUGUUUGAUUUCUGUGGUAAUGGGGCUAAUACGAGGUAGAGCUAACACAGUGCUUUCUAAACUGGGCUCUCCUCAGAGAGAAAGCAGAUAUUCUUUGGACUUUUUGUGUGUAUUUCAGCCAUGUUGCCUGUAAAUAUUUGAACACAUGUUAUACUGUACACCAGGUGCUCUUUGCAAACUGGAUCACUUACUCUCAGGAUUUAUCCUUUGAAUAAUUUAGUGUCAUCUUUGUUUCGUUUACUCUACUUGUGCAUUUCAUCUCUGCAGAUUUGUGUGCGUGUGUGUGUUUGUGUGCGUGCUUUAGUCAUGCACCCGACAGGAGAGAGCAUGUGAUUGCAUGCCAGCAUGUGUGUAUUGCAUGCAUGCAAGAAAUAGGGAGGGUUUGAGGAAGAAUGAAGUUUACGUUCGACUCAUA